UCCUGGUCAUUUGGAGCUCUCUCUCUCUCUUUCUUGGUCAUUUUGUUUAGUGUUCAGCUCUCUCUCCCUCUCUGAUCUAGAAAUGCUCACCAUCGAUCCACCAAACAAACCCACUCAUAGAACCCAAAACCCCUAAGGAAAAAUCGCAAUGGGAGAACACUUUGGCCAACAAUUCCCCUCCUCAAAACCCUAUUUCCCAUCAAAUUCUGACCAGAUCAGCCCACCUCAAUUGCUCAGUUACCCCCCAUUCCACUACCAAGCCUUUCUUUCAUCAAGUUUCUCCAAUGAAAGGGAGCACCAAAAACUGAUAAACCCUUCUGAGUUUUAUGGGUUAUUAGGUGAUCAGCUCAGUGAGGUCCACAACCAAUCUGUGGUCCUGAAAGCCCAGCAAAUGAUCACAGGUAAUACAAAUAAUAACACCAGUAAUACUAAUGUUUUCUCAGAGUCUCCAACCUCUAUGUGUGGUCCCUCAUCUCCAAGCUCCAUUGCUAAGAAUCAUGGAGGAGGAGGUGGUGGUUUUGGUGGUGGAAUGAUAAUGGGGGGAGGCGGGGAGGAGGGAGAAGAAGGUGGAGCUGGUUGUGGGAGGUGGCCAAGACAAGAGACUCUGAGGCUUUUGGAGGUGAGAUCUCAGAUGGAUGUUAAGUUUAGAGAAGCAACACACAAAGGAUCACUUUGGGAGGAGGUAGCCAGGGUUUUGGCAGAAGAGCACGGGUACCAAAGAACAGGCAAAAAAUGUAGAGAGAAGUUUGAGAAUCUCUACAAAUACUACAAGAAAACAAAGGAAGGCAAAGCAGGAAGACAAGACGGCAAACACUAUCGGUUCUUCACUCAACUAGAAGCUAUUUGCGGUGAAAUUCCGGGAAAAAUUCCAGAGAUUCCGGCCAAAAUUGUGCCUGCAAGUACUAGGAAUCAUGGAGAGAGCCCAAGCUCUUCUGAUAGCUGGAAUUGGGAGGAAAGAGAAGAAGAGGAGGGAGGAGAGAGAAAGGACAUGGAUGGUGGGUUAAGCAGUAGCAGUGGUGGUAGUGAGAUGAAGAACAAGAGAGAGAAAAUGCGGCGAAAGCAAGAUUCAAAGUGGAAGAAGAUGAAGGCCUACGUUGAGGCGCAGAUGAAAAAGCUUGCAGAGCGACAGGAAGCUUGCGUUGAGAAGGUGGUGCAGGCUCUUGAGAGGAAGGAAAGGGAGAGAAUGUGGAGAGAAGAAGAAUGGAGGAGGCAGGAGAGAGAGAGGCUAGAGGGAGAGUACCAGAUGAGAGCUAGAGAGAGAGAGUGCAUGGAAGCUCGGGACCGGGCUCUAAUGGCUGCCCUUCAAAGGAUAACAGGAGGCCAUCAACCAAAGCUUCAUAUGCCUGAACCCUAUGAAUUGCAGGAAGAGAAGUACAAGAACAUGAUGCUACACAAUUGCAGUAGUAGCCAUGGAGAGAGAAGCCAUCAGGCUUGCGAAACCCUAAUUCUCAGGCAAUCAAUGGAUGAGAUGCCAUCAAAUUCAGAUUCAAAUGGAGUUGGGCUUGAUCAGGAGAUGGGUAAUAGCACUAAUAAUUCUCUCAAAUUCUUAAUGUGCGAUGCUAAUGCUAUAGGGAACAGUUGGGAUGGUUACUCGAUGAAUAUGAGGAAACAUAUGAAGGAAUAGUAUUUAAGACAGUACAGGUGCAAUCAAUGUCAACACUAAUGCACCGGAUCCCCUCAGAACUCCCAAGUUAAGCAAUGCUUAGGCAAGACAUACACUAAUUCACCCACACUAAAGAUUAUGUGGGAGUUAUGAAGUUACGAUUGCUUUGGCAAAUUUGAACUACUGCACCGAAUUUCAUUGAAGCUCUAAAUUAAGCGAGUUUGGGCAAGAGCAGUUAAGAGUGUUUGGGCAAGAGCAGUAUGGAAAAGUUUUGGGGUGUUAUUAAGGGCAUUAAUUGAACUUGAAUGGGUGAUUAUGCAAAAAGUGGUUCUUAGAUGGUGAUUUCUCUCUCUCUUUUUCUCUCUAAUCAAGUGAGUGAAUCAACCAUAUCUUUGUCUUUUACGAUGUUGAUUUUGGAAUUUAUUGUUAAGAGUGAUACAUGAAAGGGUAACCAAUCUACUUAGAUGGGUGACCCAUCUCUCUCAUGAAUAACAUAUCAAAUGAUAGAGCUUCCUCCUUGGAGUAGUAGUUGAAGGGAUCACCUCUUGUGGACCAUAGAACAUUAAAAACCCUAGAAUUUUAUGAUGGUUAUGGUUAACCUCUUGGGAGAAGUCCUAUAUCUAUUCUCAAACGUUCAAAACUAUGGUUGAGGAAGAAGCAUAAGAGUUGAAGGGAGUUUUCUCAAUCAACUAUACUUCAUUUUCAAGAUGGAAAAGGGCUUUCAAAGACCUAAUCAGCAGAAUACAUUAAAGCAUCAAAGCUUUACAUUUUCCAAUGGUAAGUAUGGGAUUCCAGGCUCUUGUUUUGGUGUUUGGGGUUUGAUUGAGUUCCAUGAAAAACUCUUGUUUGGUUAUUAACUUGUUUCUUGUCUGUUUAGAACUUGAUUAUAAAUUUGUAAUUGGUGGAUGCCAAAUUUGAACUUUGUGGAGAAAUCUAAUUGUUGAAUGUAAUGGAUUAAUU